UGGGCGGGACAAGUAGAAGCCGGCUGUACGGCGAGCGUGGGCGAGCGCCAGAAACCGGUAGGAGCUUGAGAACCUUUGGAGCUUGAGAGUUACUGUCAUUGCAGAUUCUUCAGUCACUAUGUCAACCGGCACAGAUGUUUCUCUUUCUUCUUAUGAUGAAGAUCAGGGAUCCAAACUUAUCCGAAAAGCUAGGGAGGCACCUUUUGUUCCCAUUGGAAUGGCGGGGUUUGCAGCAAUUGUUGCAUAUGGACUAUAUAAAUUGAAGAGCAGGGGAAAUACUAAAAUGUCUGUUCACCUGAUCCACAUGCGCGUGGCAGCCCAAGGCUUUGUUGUGGGAGCGAUGACUCUUGGUAUGGGCUAUUCCAUGUAUAAGGAGUUCUGGGCAAAACCUAAGCCUUAGAAGACGAGAAGCUGUCUUGGUUUUGUUGGUGGUGCUUGCUCUAGACAUCUCACAUUGAGUUUAUAUGUUAAUGUUGAAAAUAAAUGGUUUGAAUGGGUCAGACAAUAACGUGAUAAUUUACAUAUUGGUUUUCUUUCUUGCAGACUCGAUUUGUCUGGUAAGCAAAUUACUAGUGACUAGUUAGCUAGGUCAUUCAUGGGAGUCAAAUUAGCACAAAAGAAACAUGUUACUUUUAAAUGUACUUGUUAGUGGUAAAACAAGCAUCUUCUUAAAGUCCUCUGAUGAAAUGAGUUGUAAAGAGAACAACUUGGCAAUCCCGAAGUACUCCCAGUUGCUGCAGAUGAUCACAUGCUUUUGAUGUUAUGUAGGAAAUAUGUUUAACUUUUUUCUGCCUGCUUUGCAGACUGAUAACUUCAGUUUUUAGGGCUGGGUGGCUCUUAGAACCCUUUCAGAGCAGUGCAUGGAUGGAAUAUAACAUUAUAAGCUUCCCCACAACUGAAAAUGUGUGUGUUUAUCUAAACCAAACCCAAAAAGCUGCUUAGAAGUAGUAUUUAUUUCAGAAUCAUUUGUAAACAUGAGAAUAACUUAAGUAUGGAUCCCAGUUUAGCUUUUUUUAUAAUUGCAGAAUUAUAUUUAUGCUGCUGUUGUCUUAGAAUAAUUUUUAAAUGUCAUCUUGAAAUAGAAAUGUGUAUUUUAAGUACUAACGCAAAGGUAAAUGAAAAACUUUUUAAAUGUAUGGAUUUGUUUAUCUUUCUUUGUAAGAAUCAUAACUGUUAACAAAUUAGCUAUAAUUGAAGUGAUUAGUGAUUUAUCAGCAAGGUGGUUUGGUAAGACAUUAUACACAAACUUUGGUAUACUCUAGAAUGCUUUAUUGCAUUUGUAAAGUUUUCUUGUCUAACCCAAAUUUACAUUCCAUGGUGAUAACAUGGUAAAUGUAGUGUUAUUAAAGUAAUUGAACACAU